UUUUAUCACUGCAGCAUCAGUGCAGAGCAGUAGCCUUAUUGCCUCACUGGAUAGCAUAACAGAAACAGAGAGAAAGCGAGAGAGAGAGAGAGAGCAAGAAAGAGGGCGGGACACAGAUACAUAGAGACUGAGAGAGCUGUGGAAGUAGAACUGUUGGGAGUGAGAGAGAGAGAGAGUGGCAGAAAAAUAGAGAAAGAGAGAGAGGACCUAAAAAGCCAUCACAGACCAUCACCCCACCUGAGAAGCUACCCAGAAACACCGAUAGGGCGUGGACCCACCACAGGCAGACAAAUUUACUGUCCAACAGAGACACAAGCCCAUUUCACCUUGCCCUUGAGAAAGGGUUUGUGGGACAAGUGUGUGUGCUUGUGUGUGUGUGUGUGUGUGUGUAGGUUAGCACACGUGAGUGUGUGUAUUUGUGUGUGUAAGAGAGAGUUUGUGCGUCUGGGUACAUGCAUCUGACUGGGAGGAGUGGUUGAACCAUGCCUCCAGCGCAGUGUCAGCAAAGAAGCUGUAGGGGGCAGCGGAGCGCCCUCAGCCAUCAGCACCAACUCCUCCGCCUGCUCUUCCUCGUCAUGGCGACGAGCUCUGUCCAGGGCUUCAUCGAUAUCCCCAAAGGCUACAAUAGGGGAUACAUGAGUAGUCCUCCUGUCAUCACAAAGCAGCCUACAUCAGUCUUAGCGUUCAGUCCAGAGGACAUCACUCUGUGCUGUACAGCAUCAGGCACACCUGAACCAAGCUAUCGUUGGGUGAAGGAUGGAGCACUGUUUGCAGAGCUGGAGGAUGAUGGGACUUUGGUAGCGAACAAGUCUCUGUCAUUGGACGACUAUCAGGGAGACUAUCGCUGCUAUGCCUCCAAUGUACUGGGUACAGCAGUGUCUGACCUGGUUACAGUCACAGCAGGCUACAUCCCAAGUCUGUAUAAAGAACAGCAGCAGACGUUUCGUAAGGUGGAGGGAGAGAGUCUGGUGAUGCCGUGUGACCCCCCACCCGACUCUCCCCCACACAAGAUCUACUGGAUGGACAAUGACAUCAAGCACAUCGAAAUGAGUGAUCGAGUCACCCCUGGUCUAGACGGCUACCUCUACUUUGCCAACGUGGUGCCUAGUGAUAAUCGAAGCGACUACACCUGUAACGUUCGCUUUCGCCAACACAUGAUCUCCAAGGAGCCAAUCACUCUCAAAGUGAACCGUAAUGCUUUGGUGGAAGAGCGCAAGCCUCACAUCGCAAGGCCAGCAAAAUCCUACAGCAGUUACACAGUUCUCAGGGGACAGAGCUUCAAUCUGGAGUGCAUCCCCUACGGGCUGCCCACGCCAACUGUUACCUGGAAACGAACCAGGAACAGUAACCAGGAACAGCCCCUCAACACCAAAAACUAUGGCAGGUGGCUGCACUUUGAGAAAAUCUCUGAGAGUGACGAUGGCGAAUAUGAGUGCAUCGCCCAGAACUCCGCUGGAUCCGCCUCACACACAUACUUCCUCACAGUGGAAGCGGCCCCACACUUCACGAAGCAGACCCAGAAUCUGCUGUACGCCCCUGGGGAGACAGUGCGUCUGGAGUGCCAGGCUGAGGGCAUUCCCACACCAGAGGUCACCUGGAGAAUAAACGGAGUACCCAUCUCUGAUGUUGAUGAGCCUCGGCGCAAGGUCACCAAAGGCGUGCUCAUCCUGACUGAAGCGAAGUACAGUGACACCGCUGUGUACCAGUGUGAAGCUGUCAACAGACACGGCAUCACCCUCAUCAACACCUACAUUCAUGUCAUUGAGCUGGCUCCUCAAAUUCUGACUGAGGACAACAAGAAGUACAUGAUGGUGAAGGGGAAGACAGCCAGCCUGGAGUGCAACGCUUUUGGUUCCCCUCGGCCUGGAGUGCUCUGGGAAGAUCCGAGGAUGGAGCAGGCCCAGUCCCACUCCAGGAUCUCUCAGACGGUGGAGGGGACCCUCAGGAUCACUGAUGUCAGUGCAGCAGACAGCGGCCUCUACACCUGCAGCGUCCUCAAGAGCAACCUGUCUAUCAGCGCCAUUCUGGAGGUCUUGAAUCAAACAGAGAUUGUUAUCCCUCCAGAAGAUCAGAGAGUGAAGAGUGGAAAAGACGCCAUGUUGACGUGCACAUUUCAGGUUGACCCACGAUUGGACAGUCCAGAUUUGCUGCGCUGGUUGAAAAAUGGUGAAGAUAUCUUAGAAAGUGCACAAAAUGACAAAUACACCAUUUUUCCGGAUGGUUCUCUUAAAAUCACCAGCAUAUCUUUAGAUGAUGCUGGCAGCUACACCUGCGAGGUGUCAACACCCCUCGAUGCAGAAAAAGCCACCGCCUCAAUUACUGUCGUGGACAAACCCUCUCCACCAAUUGAUUUGAAGGUAUUUGACCAGACUAACCGAAGUCUCUCCCUGAGCUGGACCCCAGGGCGGGACAAUAACAGCCCUGUGACAGAAUACUGCAUCGAGAUGAAUGAGGAAAAGCAUGGUGAUAGCCACACGUGGGAGGAAGUGAAGCGUAUCGAAGCUGACAUCAACAAGCUUGAGGUCCCACUGCGACCGUACGGCACCUACCGCUUCCGUGUCAUCGCAGUGAAUGAAAUUGGAAGGAGCCACCCAAGUCACGCCUCAGGGGCCUACACUACUCCUCCAGCCAUUCCAGAACACUUCCCUAAACAUGUUAAGAGUGCAUCGACCGAUCCUGACAAACUGGUCAUCACUUGGGAGGAAAUGGACAAACGGGACCAUUAUGGCCCUGACUUUAAGUACAAAGUGUUCUGGAGACAGUCUGUGGGAAACGGACCCGAUUGGCACCACCAGGAGGUUUCAGACAACCACUUUGUGGUCAACAACACAAAGACCUUUACACCAUUCGAGAUUAAAGUGCAGGCCGUCAACCAGCUCGGCCCAGGCCCAGAAUCUCCACCACGCAUUGGUCACUCUGGAGAGGACAUCCCCCUGGAAGCCCCCGCGGGUGUCACAGUGGACGCGCUGAAUGGCAAAUCCGUCUCUGUGAAGUGGAACCCUGUGAAUCGUGAAUCUGUGCGAGGACAUCUCCUUGGAUACAAGAUUCAUGUCAAGAGAGUGGGCACGCAUGGUGCACAGAGGCGCAGGAUGCUGGAGAUGGGGCUGCGGCUAGAGAGGCACGUGGAUGUCGAGGAGGAAGUGGAGGAGAAGGACAGAAUACUGGUGGUCCACGGAACCAAGACCGAGGAGACAGUGACCGGCCUCCAGUUCUACUCCUCGUACGAGCUGACUGUGACAGCUUUCAACAACAAGGGAGAGGGACCUCACUCGAAGGCCACAGCCUUUAAGACACCAGAGGGAGCUCCAGGGCCGCCCAUCUUCCUGGAGUUUGACAGCCCAUCUGAGUCUGAGCUCACCCUAAACUGGCGUCCUCCACUCAAGCCCAACGGGAUUCUGACUGGUUACCGCCUGCAGUAUGGGGAGAUUGUGGAUGCAAAUGGCAGCACUCCUGAGAUGCAAGACUUUGACAUUCCUGACCCCAAAAAGACAGACAUUACAGUGAUAGAGCUAAACCCCCAGCGAUCCUAUUACUUCUACCUGCAAGGACGUACUGCUGCUGGACUUGGAGAGGCCACCAAAGUGAAGGGUGCCACCUUGCUGGAUGGAGUUCCUCCAACCAUCAUCAACGUGACGGUUGCUGACACCUAUGCCAACCUGAGCUGGGUGCCCGGCGAGAGGCACCGCAACAUCGGCUUUCAAAUCCAAUUCCUUCAGAAGAGUGCUGGCAGAGAUUGGGAGAUUUCAGAACAGGUCAACACCCAUCAGGGCUUUUACCAGCUGACCAACCUACAGCCAGGGACUGGUUAUCACCUGCGGGCCACGCUUAACAACUUCACCUAUUGGGAGGGCAGUGCCCUGACCAGCGGGCCAGGUAGUAAACUGAUAAAUACUGAUGCCAUUUUUCUGCCGUUUCUGCAGAAGUUCUGAGAAUCCUCACACAGUCAUAUGUGCUCUGUUCU